AUGUCACCCUAUUUUAGUCUUGCAGACGGUACAAGAAGACAAAGCUCUUAUCUGUGGGAUUGGAAAGAUAAUAGUUUUCCCCUAUUGGAUUCAGCGCCUUCAAGGCUUAACCCAACAUUUUUUGGUAUAGAACAAUACUUUGCUGCAAAAAGUCUUAUUUCUUCACGGGGUUUCGAGAUAGAUGAUUUCCAUGGUUUUGGUAUGGUUCCCCUGGCAGACCUAUUCAAUCAUAAAACAGAGGCCGAGGAUGUGUAUUUCAUCGCCUCAUCUAAUUCUGUAGCUGAUGAUGAUGUCGUUGAUGAUAAUAGUAACAAUGAUGAGGGUAUUUUCUCUGGUAUCAAGGUGAUUGAUGAUGGUUUGGAUAGUUCUGUCAAUGAAAAAACAAACGAUCUGGAGUCCUUUUCUAGAACAAAGGCCGAAACUCAUGACGCAGAAGGAAAUGUUGUUCCUGUGAGUGUCCAACCCCAAGAAGUAGCAGAAGUGCAGCCUAAUGAGAUCUCUGUUUUGUCUGAGAACCACCAAUCUGAAGUUAACUUGGGAUCUCAUGAUACUGAUGCUCAUGAACAUUUUGCAAAGGAGCCUCAUGGUUCUCAGGAUGCUGAAAUGAAUAAUGCCGGAGUAAAUAUUGAGAUCUCUGAAGCCGAAAACUUAUGUGUUGCCCCUGGAACUGGGCAUGAAUCUUCAUCCUUAAAUGAACUUUUUGAAAACAACCCUGUUGCGGAUAAAACCAAUGAUCUUGUUGAUUCUAUCCAUACAGAGAUGGGCAUCCCAUCUGAUCAAAAUUUGAAUAUAUCUAUUCUAGAGGAAGGGCUUGCUGAGGAUAAAGUCAAUAAUAAAAGUGGGGUAAAUGCUAUUGAAAUUGCAGAACAUAGUAUGGAAGUUAGAAUAGAAGUUCAAACAGAUGGAUUGGAAGACAAUGGUUUAUGUGCACCCUUGACUGCUGGUCCUCAGGAAGCCAAUGAAUAUCCUAAUAAUCAGGCUUUCUUUAAUGGAGACCUACCUACAGAAGAAAAUUGUAAUAAAAAUGAGGAUAAGAUUGCCCAUGACAAGGACACACUGUCUGGUUGUAUAGUUGGUGAAAAUACUGAAGUAGAUCGUCCAGAGUUUGCACUGCUUGUUUCAGAUGAGAAAGAGGGUUAUUUGAAUGAUACAGAACAUCCACUCUAUCAAGAAGAUGGAGUACAAAGUACAAUGUGGCCCGAGACGUCAGCUAUUAAGAGUCCUUUUGUAGAUCACAAUGAAGAAAAUGUCAUGAUUCCUGAUGACACAGGUUUGCUUCUCAAUCUUCUUCAUUACAAGUCAAACAAUCAGGUUCAUAUCAAGUGGCUGCCAUCAUUCGAGGACUUUGAGAGGUUAAUAGGUAUGGGCCAACAGAGUAAGGAUCAGUUUGACCAAAGAGUCCUCCGAUGGCGUCUUUUAUUGGAUCGGUUGCAAUUGCAUGAGUUCUUGUGGACACUGUACGAUAACCCAGCCUUGUAG